AUGGCGAUGAUGAUGACUGGCCGUGUGCUGCUGGUGUGUGCCCUCUGCGUGCUGUGGUGCGUCACUGUUUUUGGAAUUGCAAUGGACAACCGCUGCGUUGAGGAUGAUGGGAACGUAUUGACGCACACGCAUAAUGGAGGAAAUGACAGGCUGCGCCUGAAGGCGGAUCGCGGGUUGAUUUCCACCCGAAUGGGAUUAAUAAAGGCGAUUGCAGCUGGGGAUGACAGUGAAGAUGAAAAUGGUAAUGCCCCAUUGGAGGAGAAAACAGCGCCUGGUGGUGAGCCCGCUGGUAGUGGGGACAAUGAAACGCCUGGCCCAAAAGGAGGGAAUGGUGCCGCAGGUGCAGCAACACCAACCUCGCCGUCUGAACCUGGAGUGCCAGGGGCAGGUGCAGAAACCGGGCAGUUACCUGCGGCUGGUCAAGAAGGGAAUGAAAACAAAAACGUGGAUCCCAAUAACAAAGCGGCAACGGACUCCCAAGACCAAACCAACGAUCAAUUGUCCUCUUCAUCUGGCAGCACUUCCACUCCUUCUGGUGAAAAACACCCUUCGACGGGUACUUCCGACAUUAAACAAUUGCCCACGGAAACGCUGAAGAACGGGGUUGCUGGCCCUCGCAAUAAAUCUGGCGAUGAUGGAGAGAGAGACGAAGAAGAAACGAGAAAAGAAAAAGAAGAAAACAAAUUACAACCCGAGACACAAGAGAGGGGAAAUAAUGCGGAGGUACCACAAUCAUUACCCGCACCACCAUCGGGUGGACCUGCACCACCGCCACCACCAGCAUCAGCAGGUGAAGAAAGCCCAACAGCAGAAAAAGAAAGCUUACAGAAAGUAACCAAAGCAAAAAACGAAAACACACCGUCAGAAUUCGAGACUGACUCAGAAGCAUCGGAACCACCUUCAGGGGAUACUACACAAGAGCAGCACAGUCAUGACACGGACACAGAGGAUUCGACGAAGAAUGCAGCAACCGGCAGUCCAGCAGAAACAACAUCCUCAUCUUCCUCUACAAGUGGCAGCGGUGAUCAUGUCCAGAAUAAGGCAGAUAAGGAUGAUGCUCAAAGCUCUGAAGGACAACACGACAGCCUUGAAACUGGCAAUACCAACGUUGUUCCAACUCUCAGUGAGGAAGCACCACAAACAGCCACCGCCAACACAACCGAUACGGCGACGACUGGCGACAGUGACGGCAGCACCGCGGUCUUCCACACCACCUCCCCUCUUUUGCUUCUUCUUGUUGUUGCGUGUGCGGCUGCUGCUGCGGUGGUGGCCGCGUGA